AAAGUGAGUAGAUAUUUGCCAUUAUGGUUGUCUGAUUUUGCAUUUGUCCUCGGCUAUAAUUCCACAGCCUCAGACAUAGAAAACCAAACAGUGUUGUCUUUGAAACAAAAGGAGGGUACACAGCCUGCAGAGAUCAACGUGCUUGAGGAGACUAAGAUGGUGUCCACGUUCUCUGUUCUUGCUGCUUUUCUUGCUUGACAACCCCCAGACUGUCAAUAUUACGUUCUGACACCAGAAAUUAUUGAAGGAGGACUCCACCAAAGUGAAGAAAAAGGUUGCAGUAUAGUGUAGACACUUAUAGGAAUACGUGCAAAGUGGCAUCAUGUCCCAUGUGAAAUUCCCAUACACAGGGAUGGGAACCCAAACCUUUCCAACAAUGAUUCAAAUUAUACCCUUCAUCUUUUUAUUCCACCUGUCCUCCUCCUGCAUUAUAAGCCAUUUCUAGAAAUCAAAUUCUCUGUGUUUAUAUUGUGUGCUAGUUCUUUGAAGAAUAAGCAGUGCCACAAGUUCACACACCCCAUAGCACCUGCCAAUUUCAGAAGAAUUCCUGACCCAACCACAGCACAACUAGAGAGAGUGAGAGGGAUGGAGGCGUUUCCAAGAGACCAACGAGGUUCGCUCGAAGUGUUCAACCCUUCUUCUUCUUACUCCACCGAGAAGUCGGUGAACUCGCCUGUGCGUGUUCAAUCCACGUGGAAGACGUGGAUUGACGAGUUACCGGAACAACAACAACAACAACAAUGUGGUGGUACUAACGAGGUGACCGCCACGUCAUGGAUGGCGCUUAAGGACUCCGCUCCUCCACCGCCGACGCUCGCCGCAGUGCUGGGCGAGUCUCUGUCAGCGGCGGUGGGGGAGGUUGGCAACGCCGCGAAGCGCGCGGCGGAGUGGGGCCUGGUGCUGAAGACGGACACGGAGACCGGGAAGCCGCAGGGAGUGAAGGUUCGGACCUCCGGCGGGGAGGAGCCGAGCGCGAAGGUGACCGGCGGGUCGAGGAGGGACUCGAGCAACUCGGUUCGGAGCUCCGGCGAGUCUUCCGACGACGGGAGGGAGUACCGGGGAGGAAUACCGAGGGUUUCGGAGGACCUGAGGGACGCUUUGUCGGCGUUUCAACAGACGUUCGUGGUUUCGGACGCUACCAAACCCGAUUACCCGAUCAUGUAUGCCAGUGCCGGGUUUUUCAAGAUGACGGGCUAUACAUCAAAGGAGGUCAUAGGGAGAAACUGUCGGUUUAUGCAGGGGGCAGACACGGAUCCGGAUGAUGUGGCAAAGAUAAGGGAAGCUUUACAAAGUGGGUCUACUUACUGUGGAAGGUUACUCAAUUACAAGAAGGAUGGCACCCCCUUUUGGAACCUUCUCACUAUUGCCCCUAUCAAGGACGACGAUGGAAGAGUCCUCAAAUUCAUCGGAAUGCAAGUGGAGGUUAGCAAGCAUACAGAGGGGGCUAAGGAGAAGAUGCUACGUCCCAAUGGAUUGCCCGAAUCCUUGAUUCGAUACGAUGCUCGUCAGAAAGAGAAGGCAAAUAGUACAGUAUCUGAGUUGUUGCUGGCUGUGAGGAGGCCUCGUGCACUGAGUGAAUCAGCAGGGCGUCCCAUGAUCAGAAAGUCAGCAUCCGGUGAUGAUGCACAAGACAAACCGCCAGAAAAGUCAUCUAGGAGAAAAUCUGAGAGUGUCGCUUCUUUUAGACGAAAAUCACAUGCUGGAGACAGAAGUUCAAUGGAGAGAAUCACUGAGCUACCUGAAAAGAAACACAAGAGCUCUCGUCGCCGUUCUUUCAUGGGGUUCAUCAGGAAAAGCCAGUCUAACUUUGAAAGCUUCAAUGAUGAAGCAGUUGUAGAGAACAGCUCUGAGAGUAGUGAUGAGGAUGAUGAGAGGCCUGAAAGUUUUGAUGGCAAAGUACAGAAGAAGGAAAAGAGAAAGGGUCUUGAUCUUGCUACCACACUUGAACGUAUUGAGAAGAACUUUGUCAUCACUGAUCCAAGGCUGCCGGACAACCCCAUUAUUUUUGCAUCUGAUAGCUUCCUGGAGCUUACAGAGUAUAGUCGUGAAGAAAUCUUGGGAAGAAAUUGCAGGUUUUUGCAAGGCCCUGAAACUGAUCCAGCAACAGUGAGAAAAAUUAGAGAGGCCAUUGACAAUCAAACUGACGUUACCGUGCAGCUUAUUAAUUAUACGAAGAGUGGUAAAAAGUUCUGGAACUUGUUUCAUUUGCAGCCUAUGCGUGAUCAGAAGGGAGAGGUACAAUAUUUUAUUGGAGUUCAACUUGAUGGUAGUCAACAUGUGGAGCCACUUCACAACCGCAUUGCUGACGAUACUGCAAAAGAGGGAGAACAAUUGGUAAAAGAUACUGCGGAAAAUGUUGAUGAUGCACUGAGAGAACUUCCAGAUGCUAAUAUGAAACCAGAAGAUUUAUGGAUGAAUCAUUCAAAAGUGGUUCACCCCAAGCCUCAUAGGAGGGAUGAAGCUGCUUGGAAAGCCAUUCAGCAGAUCCUAAAUAGUGGAGAGCAGAUAGGCCUGAAUCAUUUUAGGCCAGUUAAACCCUUGGGAUCAGGAGAUACUGGCAGUGUCUAUCUGGUGGAGCUAGGCGAAACUGGUCAUUAUUUUGCCAUGAAGGCAAUGGAGAAGGGUGUUAUGAUCAAUCGUAACAAGGUGCAUAGAGCUUGCACAGAGAGAGAGAUACUCGACAUGUUGGACCACCCUUUUCUUCCUGCAUUAUAUGCUUCCUUUCAGACGAAGACACAUGUUUGCUUGAUAACUGAUUAUUGUUCUGGUGGAGAACUAUUCCUUCUUCUUGACCGACAGCCAGCUAAGGUUCUCAGGGAAGAUGCAGUGAGAUUUUAUGCCGCUGAAGUAGUUGUUGCGUUGGAGUAUCUUCAUUGUCAAGGGAUAAUAUAUCGGGAUUUGAAGCCAGAAAAUGUGUUACUACAAAGCAGUGGACAUGUGUCUCUAACAGAUUUUGAUUUGUCAUGUUUAACAUCUUGCAAACCACAGCUUCUAGUUCCAGCUAUAAAUGAAAAGAAGAAAGCUCAGAAAGGCCCACACGCUCCAAUAUUUAUGGCUGAACCUAUGAGAGCAUCCAAUUCUUUUGUGGGGACUGAAGAGUACAUAGCUCCGGAAAUUAUAACGGGUUCAGGCCAUACAAGUGCUGUGGAUUGGUGGGCUCUUGGAAUUCUUUUAUAUGAAAUGUUUUAUGGGUAUACACCAUUCAGGGGAAAGACUAGGCAAAGAACAUUUACAAAUAUUCUCCACAAGGACCUUAAAUUUCCCAAAAGUAAACAGGUAAGUUUCAGUGCAAAGCAGUUAAUGUACCGGUUGUUGAACAGAGAUCCCAAAAGCAGAUUGGGUUCAAGAGAAGGAGCAAAUGAAAUUAAGAACCAUCCGUUCUUUCGGGGUGUCAAUUGGGCCCUAGUUCGUUGCACGAAACCUCCUGAGCUUGAUGCUCCUCUCCUCGAGACAACUGAAGGAGGAGAAAAGGAAGCCAAAUUUGAAAAUCAAGUGCAAGAGGACAUGAACGUCUUCUAAAAGGUUAAAGUAUGAAGUUAUUUGCGUUCUCGAGUCUGUGGUAGCCAAGUUAUGCAAUCGAAGUUCACAAUAUUUGUGCUUGAAUCGAUUGUAGCCAAGUUAAGGAAUCCAAGUUUGAUUGUGUUAAUGUUCAUUGUAAGUUAUGAAUGGUGUGGUGUUUCUAAGUUACCUAGUGAUGAUGUUGUAAAUCUUUUUUGUCUUAAUAUAUCCUGUGUUUUCCUUGUCGC